CUGAACUAAUGUAAUUUGUGUAAUUAAAUUAACUUUAUUUAUUAAUAUGUUUUUAACAUUAUUAUGAUGUCAUAAACUGCAGUCCGGAAGUCCAGUAGGGUAGUAGAGAUCAAAAUCCCUUUGCGGGACGCCGUUUACUACUUAUGCGUCAUGUAGAGAAACAGAAUCCAGUGCUGCCCGCGUGUUCGUUGCCUUUCUCAGAAUUAUGCUUCUUUAUUUAGCGUGCUUCAAAUAUUACUUUUUGAUAACGUAUGUCUGGAUCGAGCGGGGUUGAGGAUGUCGCUAAGCUCAUGCAUAUUCUUAAUCGCCUGCGGUCUAAUUAGCAAAGGGUCAGGACUCAAAUGCCAUCAGUGCUACAACAACCCAGAUUCAAAAUUCAGCACGUCUACGAUAUAUAAGUGGCUCCAGCAGGCCGUUAAUGCUACCAAAAAUGCACAGGGAAUGCAAACAUUUUUCAAGGAGAUUUUUGGAGAAAAGGAACAUCGAGGCAAAUGUCUUCUUCCGGAUGAUACUGAAACGCCCCCUAUGGAGUGCGACGAUAAACAAACUUGCUUCAAUGCGACUUACAAUCGAUUACUUCUAGCAAAAGGUUGUUGGACUCCCCUCGGAAACACUGCUUUGACAUGUGGAAUUACGCCACCUGAAAACCAAGCACUCAACGUUUCAGUUUGCUCAUGCCAAAGCGAUUUUUGCAAUGGCGAUUCCCGAGGAAAUUCCGAGAACCUAUCUCGCUCGCCUUUUUCAGCGGUCUUGAUGGCAACGCUUGCAGUUUUCGGAUUUAGAAUUUUGCCUUUCUCUGCAUGUUACCAGCAGCGACUAGUUUCAGCCACCAGUUUGAUCACAUUUUUUGUUGCAUGCAGUGUUACGAUUUUACUGCAUACGCCUUUCUUGUUUUAGAGAGUCCUUAGUAAAGCUAGAAUCCUUAUGCGCAGCGCAAAACAGGAACUAAAGGCGAA